ACUGAACGUGGACCAGAACGGCGGUGCGUGGUGUCCCAAGGUACCCGUGGACACCAACUCGAGGGAGUACCUGCAGGUGGACUUGGGCUCCGUGCACGUGAUCACGGCGACGGCGACCCAGGGGCGCUUCGCCAACAUGAAGGGCAUGGAGUACACGGAGGCUUACAGGCUGGAGUACAAGCGGCCCGGCCUCCCCGACUUCAGGACCUACAUCAGCAACGGCAAUGAGACGCUCCCCGGCAACGUGAACACCUACCUGGAGCAGAAGAACAUUUUGUCGCCUCCGAUGAUCGCCAGCCAGGUUCGCUUCAUCCCGGUGGCAGCACACACCCGCACCAUCUGCCUGAGGGUCGAGCUCUACGGAUGCAACGCCACAGGUUCGCUUUCAUCCCGGUGGCAGCACCACACCCGCACCAUCUGCCUGAGGGUCGAGCUCUACGGAUGCAACGCCACAGCACACACCCGCACCAUCUGCCUGAGGGUCGAGCUCUACGGAUGCAACGCCACAGGAGGUCUGGUCAGCUACUCCGGCGUGAACGGAGCGACGCGCGACCCCGGCUUCCUGCUGGCGGACGACACUUACGACGGCCCCCCCGGACCAGGUCACCUCCUGCACCACGGCCUAGGUCAGCUCUACGACGGCGUGCUCGGCAGGUCGCUCAUCAACCUGGAGCUCCAAGCCUACGGCAGGGGUAAAGGUCGGUUGCAGCGGCUGGAGGCGGGUUAG